GGGAGAGCGGCCCUCCUCCUACCCGCCAGGCUCGGCCUCCGCCUAUAAAGCCGCGCGAGGGGCUCCCGGGGAGGCCACUCCGACAGACACACUAGUACAGGCUGCCUGGCCGGGGCUCCUCCGCGUGCCAGUCCGUGCCCCGCCGCCGCCGCCGCCUCCUCUUCUUCCCCCCCUCUUCCUCACUCCUCCUGCUCCUCCCCGGCUUCCCUCUCGGACUCGGUGUGUGACUCUGUGGCUGACGCGGAAAGCUCAGGGCGCCGCAGCUCCGCCUCCUCGGGAGGAGGAAGGGCUGGACACGCUGCACUCCGGGCCGCCGCCAGGGAGCUGCCGAGCCGGCCGGAGAUCCCGCGGUGUCGUGACGGGCCCCAGGGUGGCUCCUCCGACGGCGAGCCAUGGAGUGGGAUCGGCUGGCCCGGAGUCGACGACGUCUCUCGGGGCUGGGCGCGCUGCUGCUGCUGCUGCUGCCCCUGCUCCUCAUCUCGCUGGGGCCCCGGAACUGUGGAAAUGCGAAUUCAGUGACUCUGCCAGAGACAUUGUUGUUUGUUUCAACUCUUGAUGGGAAUCUGCAUGCUGUCAGCAAGAGGACAGGGUCAAUUAAGUGGACUUUAAAAGAAGAUCCUGUCCUGCAAGUGCCAAUACAUGUGGAGGAGCCAGCAUUUCUUCCCGAUCCUAAUGAUGGCAGUCUGUACACGCUUGGCGGCAAGCAUAAUGAAGGCUUGACUAAACUGCCAUUCACCAUCCCUGAGCUAGUUCAAGCGUCCCCUUGCCGCAGUUCAGAUGGAAUUCUAUACAUGGGAAAGAAACAGGAUAGCUGGUAUGUGAUAGACCUCAUGACUGGAGAAAAACAACAAACUUUAACUUCUUCAUUUGCUGAAAGCCUCUGCCCAUCUACAUCGCUCCUCUAUCUUGGUCGAACAGAGUACACCAUCACCAUGUAUGAUACUAAAAGUAAGGAGCUCCGGUGGAAUGCCACUUACUUUGAUUACGCAGCCACAUUGCCUGAUGAAGAUGUGCAGUACAGAAUGUCUCACUUUGCAUCCAAUGGAGAUGGGCUGGUAGUGACUGUGGACAGCGAGUCAGGGGAUAUCUUGUGGAUCCAGAAUUACGGCUCUCCUGUUGUGGCUUUUUACAUCUGGCAGCGGGAGGGCUUAUGGAAAGUGAUGCACACAAAUGUGGGGGUAGAAACACUGCGCUACCUGACCUUCAUGUCUGGUGAAGUUGGCCGCAUCACUAAAUGGAAGUAUCCAUUUCCAAAAGAAACGGAAGCCAAGAGCAAACUGAUGCCAACACUCUACGUAGGGAAAUAUUCCACAGGCUUGUAUGCAUCGCUGUCAAUGGUUCAUGAAGGGGUGGCUAUUAUGCCCCGAGGAAGUGCUAUACCAUUGAUAGAGGGUCCAAAAAUACGUGGUGUCACCAUUGAAGACAAUGGAGAGUGUGUUAUCACUCCCAGUACUGAUCUAAAGUUUUCCUCGGGAUUUAAACACAAGAGCAGACUCCACUAUUUGAGGAACCACUGGCUUUUGAUAGGACAUCAUGAGACCCCGUUAUCAGCCCCAACAAAGAUCCUGGAGAAAUUCCCAAGCAAUUUGCCAAAGCGGCAUGAAAAUGUGAUCCCAGGAAAUUCGGACAAAGCUGCUUUUGAAGAGGCAAUUAAUAUAGCAGAUGGUUCUACAAAAGACUUGCCUCCUCCCAUUCCAGAGGAUGCUGGAGAGAUGCCCGGCCAGUCUGUUGCCCGGCCAGAGGCUCCUGUCGAUUCCAUCCUGAAGGACAUGGCCACGGUUAUCCUGAGUACUUUCUUACUUGUUGGCUGGGUAGCCUUUGUCAUCACAUAUCCAAUGAGUGUACAUCAUCAGCAACAGCGACAACACCAGCAAUUCCAGAAACAGCUGGAGGAAAAAAUCCAGCUGUUGCAGCAACAGCCCUGCAAUCCUCCCAUCGACCUGCCUCCUGAGUCAGAGUUCCUUGAUGGCAGGCCGGAGAACUCAGGCACCAGCUCCCCAAACAUGUCUCCAAAGGCAUCAAACCACUCUGCAUAUUCCAAUAUCUCUGUCUCUGAUGUCGGAAGCUGUGUUUCCACUGAGCAGGAAGAAGAUGGAAACUUAGGCAUCAUAGUGGUUGGAAAGAUUUCAUUCAACCCAAAGGACAUGCUUGGACAUGGAGCUGAGGGGACAAUUGUCUAUAGGGGAACAUUUGACAAUCGAGAUGUCGCUGUGAAGAGAAUUCUCCCUGAAUGCUUCAGCUUUGCUGACCGGGAGGUGCAGCUAUUGCGAGAAUCUGAUGAACACCCAAACGUGAUCCGCUACUUCUGCACAGAGAAGGACCGACAGUUCCAAUAUAUAGCUCUUGAGCUCUGUGCUGCCACUUUACAGGAGUAUGUGGAACAGAAGGACUUCAGUCACCAUGGUUUGCAGCCGAUCAGCCUCUUGCAACAGGCAAUGUCUGGUCUUGCUUAUCUCCACUCUCUCAAUAUUGUCCACAGAGAUCUGAAGCCCCAUAAUAUCCUCAUUUCUAUGCCUAAUGCUCAUGGCAAGGUCAAAGCCAUGAUCUCAGACUUUGGCCUGUGCAAGAAGCUUGCAGUGGGCAGGCACAGUUUUAGCCGUCGAUCUGGGGUGCCAGGCACUGAAGGGUGGAUUGCGCCAGAGAUACUCAGUGAGGACUGCAAAGAGAAUCCGACACACACUGUGGAUAUUUUCUCAGCUGGAUGUGUUUUCUAUUAUGUGAUAUCGGAAGGCAGCCACCCAUUUGGCAAAUCCCUGCAGAGGCAAGCCAACAUUUUGCUGGGUGCCUACAGUCUGGACUUCCUGAAUCCAGACAAGCAUGAGGACAUAGUUGCACGUAACUUAAUAGAGCAAAUGAUAAGUACAGAUCCUCAGAAGCGUCCUUCAGCUUACUGUGUGCUAAAGCAUCCAUUUUUCUGGGGUUUAGAGAAGCAGCUCCAGUUUUUCCAGGAUGUGAGUGACCGAAUAGAAAAGGAAUCCUUGGAUGGUCCAAUAGUCAAGGAACUGGAGAAAGGAGGGAGAGCAGUGGUGAAAAUGGACUGGAGGGAGCACAUCACUGUUCCUCUACAGACAGAUCUUCGAAAAUUCCGAUCCUAUAAAGGGGGCUCCGUCAGAGAUCUCCUGCGGGCAAUGAGGAACAAGAAACACCACUAUAGAGAACUGCCCCCUGAGGUGCAGGAGACGCUGGGUUCUGUCCCAGAUGAUUUUGUACGUUACUUUACAUUGCGUUUCCCUUGCCUUCUUCUGCACACCUACCAUGCUAUGCAAAUCUGCUGCCAGGAAAGACUAUUCCAGCCUUAUUAUAUGCAGGACUCUGAUGAGCAGAUUCUUCCUGGAGAUGCUGUUUGAAAGAUGGAGACUCGCUGUUCUUUGCACAUACGCACAGAGGCAGGGCUGUGAACCGGGCCUGUCCGUAGCAGGGUGACUAGAGGAAUCAUCAAAGAGCAAAAGGCCUCUUUGAGAGAUCCAGACUUAUCAAACGUGCCUUGAACUCUGCCUGCUCUGAGGCAGGAAGAGGACCCCCGGCUAGAAUCCAAGGAAGAAGACGUGGUAACUUGCAGAAAGCUUUAUGCUGCAGAAGAGGAGAGCAGCUCCUAAGGAGGAAAGUGAAGUGGAGUAUAUAAAGUUGCUCAGCUUGGCACAAACCUGAUCUUGGAAAUACCAACACUGUACACUCUUGUCACGUUGAUGUUCAGACAACUUUACUGCAAAGAAUUGUAAAGGUUAAUUGACUGGAACCAUAACAUUGCCAAGCACCUUCCGGGUCCCAAGAAGGAGCCUUCUAACUGUAGCACACCCUUUCCAUCUACUAUUGCACCAUUGCCAUAUUCUGCACUUGAAGCAGGAUCUUGGACACAAGAUCAUGCUUGGUUGGUUUAUAAAGGGAAUACUGUAGCUUAAACAUGCCAGAAUCAGCAACACAAAUGCAGUGGUUAAAUGAAAAAACUUACACCUCCAAAUAUUAUUUUCCAAAUAAUACUUUUGUGCAGACCUAAAGUUUUCUCGAAAUUUUCAACUGGAAACAUUAGUCCACAUGCUAUUAGGUCACAGGUAUGUAAGUAACAAGGUUUGUUAACAUAUGUAACAAGGUUUGGCUUAGGUCAUCCUUUUGGAAAAAUCUAUUCAGGUGCCCUUUAGGAUUUCUUUACAAGAAUGUGAGUAGCUGAUAGUGUGCUUUAUAUGCAACUAUCAACACAGCUGGAAAGGUCACUUAAUUUUGUUUGUAAGCAGAUUCAGUUGCUUAGCUAGAAGCAGCAGGACCCAGUAGGAGAAAGCAGAACUGGAAAUAAAUUGCUUUUUUAGAGUAUAGUGAAAUGUGGAAUUUUUUUAAUUGGGAGACUGGGGUUCUAUCAAGCAGUAGAGCCAUUUCCUGUCUACACAGGAUCUCCUGGGAAGCUGAAGUGUGAGAUGCACCUACUUCCCACUGUGAAGGAUGCAGUUUCCCUUUUCAGUGUCCCUAAAACUGUGAUAUAUGUUGCAUGUGCAGACAACAUUAAGAAUCCCAGUGAUGUGUUCUGAUAUUCCAAUGCGAUAUUUGUAUUAUUCUUUUACAGAAUAUUUAUUUUACAUAUUUAUAUUUAUUUAAUUUUUACUACAGAGUGGUACCACAUUGAAAUGGUACAAGUAUAAGGUAUGCCAAAACUUUUCUUAAAAAUAAAAAAAUAAAUUUAAAUCCACUCUGGUGCAGUAACCAUUUAAAAAACUGGACAAGGAAAAGGUAUACUGCAUCUUUUCAACCAAUGUGAAUUUUAAUUAAAUCUAGAAAAAAAUGUUUUACUAUAAGGAAGCUUUUGAUCUGUGCGAUUGUACUCUUGUGUGUCUUAAAUGAGUAAAUUAUUAGUGGUUAAUUGUAUGAUUGGGCAUUGAUAAGGGUGUUGUUUUUUUGCUCUUUUGUCCUUAUUCAUUUUGGGCCUUACAUUACAGGGAAGUGGACUUUUCUAGUUUUUUAUAAUGUAAAGCAGAUAUUAAGGUAAGAUAUCUAAAUGUGGACAUUAUGGGAUUUUAAAGCUUGAAAAUGACUGUAGUCUUACCUAACAAUUCAAAUCAUAUUUCAUAUUUUUGUAGUUCUACUGUACAGUACUUUUGUAAUUCUUCUAAAUAAGAACUCCACACAGAUAAAGAAUAAAAGUAGUUUUUGAAACUGC